AUGACAAACUCCAAAAAGCUCAGCAUACUGGAGGGACAGGUAAUUGGACCAGAAUCUAUGGUAGUUGAUGAUGAAGCCAUUUAUGUAUCUGUAAAUGACGCAAAAGUGCUGAAAAUCGUGGAUGGAAAGGUUCGGGCCACUGCGGUGUACUCGAAGAAUCCGAUUUUUCCGCCGAAUAUGACAAGAUUCGAGGCUGAAGCGAUUUGUGGAAGACCCCUUGGAAUUAGGAAGCUUGUGGAGGGAACUAAGAAGUUUGUACUUGUGGAUGCGUAUUUGGGAGUUUUCAUUAUCGAUUUUUCCGAUGAAUUGAGACCAAAAUCAACACAAAUCCUGGACGCUUCCAAGCCAAUCGACGGAUUCAGGCCCAACUUCCUCAACGACCUGGACGUAAUCUCAGAGGACGAGCUCAUCAUCACACACAGCUCAAUCCGACAUGACUGCCGACACUUCUUCAAUCUAGUGCUGGAACAUCAGGGAGACGGUCGCAUUUUGCAUCUGAAAAUCUCGACUGGAACCGUAAAAGUGUUGGCUAAAAAUCUGUACUUUCCCAAUGGAAUCCAGCUGACCCCCGACAAGAAAUCGGCGAUUUUCGCCGAAUGUUCGAUGGCUCGGAUCAAGAAAUUGGAUCUGGAAACUGGAAAAAUCGAUAUUUUCUGCGAAAACUUGCCCGGGCUGCCGGAUAACAUCCGGGGAACUCCACGUGGCACAUUUUGGGUCGGGUUGGCGGCGACUCGCUCGAAAAAUUAUCCGUCUUUGUUGGAUCGGUUGGGAAAUUGGCCAGGAGUCCGUCAAUUCUUUGUCGACAUUGUCCCGGCGGCCCAUUGGAUGAAAAUUCUCGUCUUUUCGAAACAUCCUCACUCGAUAAUUGUUGAGUUGGACUCCAACGGGAAAAUUAUCAGAAGCCUGCAUGACGUCACUGGAAAACAUGUUAGUGACGUGUCACAGGUCACAGAACACAAUGGAUUCUUGUAUUUGGGCAGUUUUGCAGACACUUAUAUUGCUAAAGUUGAACUUUGA